AUGUCUGGAAAGUCCCGCCAUGCUGCUUCAACAUCAUCUCCUUCCCAUACGCCCAAGCUGCCGAAAUUUCUUCAAUCGAAGCAGACUCGGGACCGUUCCAAAUCCAUGAUUGAUCCUUCCAGUGGUAGCAGCAUCGCCAGCUCAUCUUCAUCUAGCUCGCACAUUUUGUCGGACUCGCAGACGACGGCCUCAUCAAGUACGCGUAAGAACAAUGGUUAUCGCUCCCCGACACGGAGAGGAAGCAAGCUAAUGGGAGCCCAGGAGUCGAGGGCAGAUCAGGAAGCGACACCGGACGCAGACAUGUCGGAGGGCGCAAGCAUCGUCGAAGAUAGCAUGGACGAGCCUCCUGUAAUCAUCGAACCGAUCUCUCCUCGCAUUCGCACACGGUCGGAGCGACCAUUGAGCUCUGCGUCCGAAAAUCACGUUUCUUUUUAUCAGCCGUCUCACUCCUCCACUCGUCUAUCUGAUCUUCCCACUCGUUUGUCAGGCUGGUUCCAACACGCCUUUAAUUCUUCUUCCACCGACCUUGCCCUGCCAUCGCUCCUUUCGAAUUCCCAUCUUUCCACCACCACCACCACCACCUCACCCAAAGGCAAGGCUUCUGCUCUGCUAACCGCCGCGAAGCAUGGCCGAGGACAUCUCGACAAGGCUGUGCGAUAUCUUCUGGACAGCGACGCGACUCCCGACGACUGCCCGGAAGUGAUAUGGCUACUCGGCGUGCAGCAUUCCGGCUACGAACCCCCCGUAUCCUUGACGCCUUCCACACCACCUCCAUCUGGCCGCAGGGGAUCCGUCGGCUCUCGGCGUUCGCCUUCAUUUCGCUCAUCCACUUCUUCGACAGUGACCGGUCCAAACAUCCCUGCCGACCUCUCGCGUUCUCAAUCUCAGUCACCCUCGUCGAAGCAUCCUGGCCAUACCUGGCCUGCCGAAUUUUACUCGGAUUUCACGUCGCGAAUAUGGCUUACAUACCGUUCACAUUUUCAGCCUAUUCGUGACUCGACGCUUUCGGCUUUGGACUACGAGCAAGCCGAUCUGAACUCCGUCGGUGCCGUUGCGAGCAGUCCACAACCCAAGAGAUGGAACUGGCCAGGGACGGGCGAGAAAGGAUGGACAAGCGAUUCCGGGUGGGGUUGUAUGCUGAGGACAGGGCAGUCGCUGUUGGCGAACGCGCUCCUGCACUUACAUCUGGGGAGAGAUUGGCGUAGACCACCAUACGCCGUCCAUACCUCGGAUUAUGCAACAUACGUUCAAUUGUUGACGUGGUUUUUCGAUUCCCCAUCUCCGUCUUGCCCCUUCAGCGUCCACCGGAUGGCUCUCGCGGGUAAAGAGCUGGGCAAGGAUGUUGGACAGUGGUUCGGACCUAGCACCGCUGCGGGUGCGAUCAAAACCCUUGUACACGCCUUUCCAAAUGCGAGUCUCGGCGUAUCUGUAGCUGUCGAUAGCCAAAUCUUCCAAACAGAUGUAUAUGCAGCAUCCCAUCCAGAGACAUCGUAUCCGAAGCGGGGAAAGACAUCAGCUUGGGGUGGCCGUGCCGUCCUCGUGCUUAUAGGCAUUCGCUUGGGCCUCGACGGUGUUAAUCCGAUUUAUUAUGAUACUAUCAAGACAUUAUAUACUUUCCCCCAGUCUAUUGGCAUUGCCGGCGGCCGGCCGUCCUCUUCUUACUACUUCGUCGGCUCUCAGGCCGAUAACCUUUUUUAUCUCGACCCUCAUCAUGCCCGCCCCGCUGUUUCUCUUCGUCCUCCGCCUUCGCUCCCCGAAUCCGCCCAGGUCACGCCACGAGACCGCUUUGAUCGACAAACCAGUCCGGAUUCCGACCGAGAAAACAAGAAACAGCCUCCAUCUUCGCAUCAUUACCGCUCUCCAACGUCGCCAUCUUCUGUGCGCACUGGGUCGUCUACAUUUUCUUAUCAUGCACCUUAUUCUCCGUCACCGCUGGCAUAUCAGGUCUCCUCCUCCUCAUCUUCCAAUGCUCAUGCGCGUUGGCAUUCGACAAGCAUCCCCAGUACACCAUCCCAUGGUGGAUCCGAGUUCUCGUCAGGAGAACUCCGUGAGGAACCAGAUUCUGGGCUGGAUCCGAUUCAAGCGCACUUCGUCAGCGCGUACAGCGUGGCUGAUCUCAAGACGUUCCACUGCGACCGUGUCAGGAAGAUGCCGAUGUCUGGCUUGGAUCCAAGCAUGUUAAUUGGAUUUUUAUGCAAGGAUGAAAACGAUUGGAUAGAUCUCCGGAGUAGAAUUGCGGAUCUCUCUCGCACCCAUAAGGCUAUAUUUUCUGUACAUGACGAGCCUCCUUCGUGGCCAUCAGAUUCUGACGAUAACAUGGGCUUGGAAUCGAUGUCAGAGCCAGAUAUGGACAUGGACAUGCCGGAGGAGGAUGGCGACUUUUUCGACGCCAGCGAGGGCCGCGCUCGACCUGGCUCAGUCUCUCCUGAUGCUGACGCGAUGAGCGGCAACGGCGAGGCGAAGAGUCUGCCUUCUGAAGUGGAUACAGAAGAAGAUCCACUCGGGCCCAUAACCCCUGGACCCCACUCCCUCUCCACGUUUGAAAGGGUGCAUAGCUCUGAAGCGCAGGAGAGGGACAGUGAAUUUUUCGCCGACGAUGCGGACGACGACGACGACGAUUGGGUGGACCCGUCACUCCCCACUCCCCAACCGCGUUCGCCGGCCGAACCUCUCACUCCCGCAAGGCCACGUGUGCGAACUGAUUCGUCGAACGACAAGUCGGACAACGGCAGAAAGGCCCAGCAUUCUAGACGGUCGAAUGCGUCAGUCAUGCAAUCGCCACCUCCACUCGCCCAGGACCAUUUCCCAUUUCCCACGAGUCAAUCGGAGAGCCCAGAAGAGAGGAAACGAAUACCUCAGAUGAGUACUGCCCGAGCGCGUGAUGGUGGGCGAACGCAGAGUGGCGGAGUACGGGGGGUGUUAACGAACAACGAUGGGGAUGACUUUUAGCGUCUACUGGUGGGCUUCGCCUAUGUAUGUCAUCAUUGUUUUCUGCCCUUUUUCCCGUAGGCACUUUUGUGUGGGUAUCUUUGAACGGGUUCACGUCUUCUCCGUGAUUUGGAACAAAUUUUGUAUGAUGAUGCCUUUUUCUAUUAUCCUAUCACACUUCCAUACUUUGUGACUUCACCGUGUACAUUGCUCGAUGUGCUGCAAACGGACUAGCUAGAAGUAAUAUACCCUUCUUUCGCCAUC